AUGGCGCGGGACGGCGGCACGCAUGUUCUACACUUAAAUUCGAAAAACAACGAGAGCCGGAGAGCACUGGCGGGCUGGAACAGCCUGACGGCGGGCCUCUCCCUCGACCGCAGCGGCAAGCCGACCGAGGGCGGCGAGGAGGCGGGCGGCGACGGCGAGGAGUCAGGCGGCCUCGAGCACGGCGGCUUCGAGUCCUUGCACGACACGGCACGGCCCCGAAGCGUCUCGUCGCGCAUCCCGUCCGUGCGGCAGCACACAAAGACGGUGCAGCGGCUGAUGGAGGCGUUCGUCCCGUCGGGGAGGCCUUGCCCGCCCGUCUACCAGAGGCUGGCGACCUCCGAGCUGCUGCCGAGCCGCUCCAACCGCAGCUCGAUCCUGCUCGGGCCCUGGCCCGAAGGCGCAGCGCCGAGCGGCGUCGUGCCUGACGGCCCCGCCGCCGGCAGCUCCCUCAACAGCCCCCUGCUGAACAGCUCGCUGUACCUCUCCGCAGAGGCGGACGCGGCGCGACCCGACAGCUCGCCGCCCAACGAGAGCCCGCGGCGGGUCUCCUUUCUGCUAUGA